AUGAGUGCUCGUUAUAAGCAUUCUAGUCGUUCAUGCCAGCAAAAGGAUGCCAUCACAGUUGAGCAUCACUUUCAUUAUGAUAUAUUUAAUGCUGCAAUAGAUUUUCAAUUGGAAGAGUUAAACUCUAGAUUCAGUGAUGAGAUAGUAGAACUUCUUAUGCUUAGCUCUGCUUUGGAUCGAAAAGAUAAUUUUAAUCGGUUCAACAUUGAUAAGAUUUGUAAUCUUGCUGAGAAGUAUUAUCUUGAGGACUUCAUUGAACAGGAAAUGCAUAAUUUGAGGUGUCAGCUACAACAUUAUGAGCUCGAUGUGGUUAAUCAAGCUAUUCAAGAAAGCAACACUGAAUACAAGAUCAGGGUAGAUCGGCAUAGACAUCAGGUUCUUUUUGAUGUUGGUGAUAUGGUUUGGGCUGUAUUAACUCGUGACUAUUUCCCUGUUGGUGAAUACAACAAGCUCAAAGAUCGAAAGAUUGGACCUUUAAAGACUCUAGAAAAGAUUGAUGAUAAUGCUUACAGGUUACGUCUUCCUAGUCAUUUAAAAACUUCUGAUAAAGAAAUGCUAGAAUGUCCACUUGAAUCUCAAAACAUAACUAAUAUUGUUGAUGAUGUAAUUAGCAUUGUGUUUGGCAAGGAAGCUCAGGAUAGAGUGCGCGAAAUGGGCUUUGGAGUUACACCAUCGAAAGUUGGAGCUUCUGUGUAA